AGUCUAGGACUCGAGUCCACCUGGUCCUCACUGCCUGCCAGCCGGCCCACGCCCCACCACAGCCAUGGACACCAUCAAGAAGAAGAUGCAAAUGCUAAAGUUGGACAAGGAGAAUGCCACUGACCGUGCUGAGCAGGCCGAAGCAGACAAGAAGCAAGUUGAGGACCGCUGCAAGCAGCUGAAAGAGGAGCAGCAGGGCCUCCAGAAGAAGCUGAAGGGGACAGAGGAUGAGGUGGAAAAGUAUUCUGAAUCCGUGAAGGAUGCCCAGGAGAAACUGGAGCAAGCCGAGAAGAAGGCAACUGACGCUGAGGCAUAUGUGGCCUCCCUGAACCGCCGCAUUCAGCUGGUAGAGGAGGAGCUGGACCGGGCACAGGAGCGCCUGGCCACUGGCCUGCAGAAGCUGGAGGAGCCUGAGAAGGCAGCUGAUGAGAGCGAGAGAGGAAUGAAGGUCAUUAAGAACCGGGCUAUGUCCUCGUUAAACCGGGCUAUGAAGGAUGAGGAAAAGAUGGAGCUGCAGGAGAUGCAGCUGAAGGAGGCCAAGCACAUCACCGAGGAUUCAGAUCGCAAAUAAGAGGAGGUGGCCAGGAAGCUGGUGAUCCUGGAGGGAGAGCUGGAGUGCUCAGAAGAGAGAGCUGAGGUGGCCGAGAGCCGAGCAAGGCAAUUGGAGGAGGAACUUCGAACCAUGGACCAGGCCCUCAAGUCUCUGAUGGCCUCAGAGGAGGAGUAUUCCACCAAAGAGGAUAAAUAUAAAGAGGAGAUCAAACUGCUGGAGAAGCUGAAGGAGGCUGAGACCCGAGCAGAGUUUGCUGAAAGGUCUGUGGCAAAGCUGGAGAAAACCACUGAUGAUCUAGAAGAGACCUUGGCCAGUGCCAAGGAGGAGAACGUGGAGAUUCACCAGACUCUAGACCAGACCCUGCUGGAACUCAACAACCUGUGAGGGCCACCCUGCCCCGCCAGGCUACAGUGGCUACCCCAGCCCAAUAAAACUGAUGGUAUCAGCAAAAAAAAAAAAA